UAAACAUUGUAAUGUUUUUAGGAUUUCUCUCGCAAUUGCUAUAGCUAUUUUUCCCCAAAAGCCAAAUUUACUAUGGAAGAUGAAGAUGACGAAUACAUUUCGUAUGGAACAGCUUUGCCUGAAUACGAAGAUGAAGCAAUCUUAAGAAAGAAAGCUGCAAAAGAACUACAAGUGAGAGAUGAAAAAGGGAGGCAACGUUUUCAUGGAGCUUUUACUGGAGGCUUUUCUGCUGGUUUUUUUAAUACAGUUGGAACAAAAGAAGGGUGGGCACCAUCUACAUUUGUUUCUUCUAGAAGUAAAAUUGCAGAUCGAUUCCAACAAAAUCCUGAGGAUUUUAUGGAUGAUGAGGAUUUUGGAGAAUUUGGUAUUGCUACAAGAAAAAUACACACAACUUUAGAGUUUCAAGAUCCAUCAGAUAACGUUACUCGUAAGAGGAAAUUUGUGGACAAUGACAGUGUUAUUCCUGGUGAAGCCCCUCUGAAAGACUUAGUAAAGCCAAUAAGAGAUUCCAUUGGAAUACAAAUUUUGAAAAAAUUAGGAUGGCGUCCAGGACAAGGGAUUGGACUAAGAAUAAAGAAACAAUCUCCAGCUGUUAAAGUAUAUGGUUGCUCUCUUCCUGAUACUUCACUUCUUGAAGCAGAGGAUCCGACUAUGUUGUCAUUUACUUUCGCUCCAGAAGAUACUGAUGAAAUAUUUUAUAGGCCAAAAGAUAAUUAUUUCGGUCUUGGAUAUACAGGUCUUUCAAAACAGUCAGUGUUGACUUCUGCCUCUGAUGCUUUUGCUCCUACCACUACAAAAUCGUGGCUAACAAAAGACAAGAAAAAGAUAUCAAUUUCAGGGCAGGCAUUUGGUGUGGGUGCCUAUGAAGAUGAAGAUGAGGAUAUUUAUUCAAAAGAUGACAUGUCCCAAUAUGAUUUUUCUGAACUUGUUCCCAAAGAAAAAGAAUUUGAAAGUAGGUCUAAGAAAAAAUUAGAUUGUGAAAACAGUGUUUUAGAAGGAUUUUGUGUUGCCAUAAAUCCUGCUUCUGUAAAAAAGUAUUAUCCUCCUCCUCAUUUACCACCUAACUACAAACCCAUUUCUAAAUUGCUUCAAAAAAAUUAUGAAUCAGAUUCAAGGAAAACCAAAUCUCGCCACAGUCUGUCUUCAACAGAGCGUUCAUUUAUACUUGGAGAGAAAAAAUUUCAGUCAGUUCCAUUGAAUAUUGUUAAAAAAGAUGUAGAAAAAACAUUUGAAAAUCAAAAACAAGCAGACAUCCUUUUACUGACUAAAAAUGCUCAUAAUUUUCGACCAUUUCCAAAUGACUCAGAUAAGCAACAACGAUAUGAGAGUUUUUUAAAGCUUCAAAGUAUUGGAGAAACAGAAAAAUUAAUUCAACCUCCUAAUAUGACAGAAUGGGAAAAACAGCAAGAACUAGAAGAAUUUACUCGUGCAGCUGUUCUAUUUAAGCCUCUAUCAAACGCAUUAAGUUCUCGCUUCGAAUCUCGCUCACAUUUAAGUGUUGAACAUGAAGUUAUGUCAGCUUUAGAAAAGAAAAAGGAGGAAAAAAAGGAAAAGAUCCCUUUGAAGAAAAUUCUUGUUGGUUCUUGUAAUCGAAGAAUUGUAGAUUGGUUUCCUGCUUCAUUGAUAUGCAAACGGUUUAAUGUUCCUAAUCCUUAUCCCAACUCAUCUUCUACUGGAGUUCCAAGUACUCAAAAAGGGCUCAGUUUAUUUGACCAUAUUUCAUUUAAUGAGAGAUCCCCAGAAGAAACUAACAACACAACAAUUUCUUCUCUGGAAAGAGAUUCCAGUUCUUGCUCAGCAGAAAAUAUAAGUAAAAUCCAUGAUAUAUCACCAAAGGAUAACUUUUCAUUUGACACAGAAAAUCGAAAAAAUCUUGAGGACGUGACCUCUGAGAAUAAACGGCCACCAAUGGAUCUGUUUAAAGAUAUAUUUGAGAAUUCUUCUUCUGAAGAUGAAGACUCAUCAAAUAAAAAAGAUAAUUCUGAAAAUCAAGUCAAUUUAGAAACUGAAUCUGAGUCCAAAAUAAAUAGUGAUAUUACUUGUGAUUCUCCUCAUAAUGUGCCUUCCCAAGAGAAAAAAAUUUUGACUCCCAAAGUUGGAUUUGGUGUUUUUGCUAACUUGGACCUUGACGUAUUGAAUCAGAGAACUGUCACUAAGGUUAAUGUUCAAAGAAACGAUCUUGAAACUGAAAUUGAAGUUCAAACUACAGCUACUUCUCUACCAAAGGAACCAGAAUCUUUGAGCUCCAGUAUUGAUUUGUACGGUCCAGCGUUGCCUCCAAACUAUUCAAGUUCUCCUUGUCCUGUGUCAUUCUCAGAUAAAACUUUGUCAACAAAGCAUGCAAAACAUAAAGCAAAGCAUAAGCAUAAACAUAAACACUAUAAGCAUCAUAAGAGUCACAAACGGAAGAAAAAAUCUAGCAAAAAUGAUUUAGAAUCAAGUAAUUCAUCCGACGGAGAUAGUAAUGAUGAUGUUGAUACAUUGAUAAUAGAAAAAUUGAAGAAACUUCAAAAGAAAAGAGUUUGAAGCUCGGAAAUGGCUCAUUAUACAAUCAAUCUGUAUUCCAAUGGUUAAAUUUUAAAUUGUAUAUAGUGUACAAAAUAAAAAAAAAUUAAUUU